CGAUCUUCGGCCCGGCUUCUAAAUCUUAUUCUGCAGCCUGCUUCAACGUGCAAUUCAUGGAACCAUGAAAUAUCCUUCCUAUUGAACACGAGGCAAGCACAAACAGUUCAAGCAGCUAACUCUGACCAUCAGGUACAUUUGGCGCUGUUCUUCGUGACUACGCUGUUUUGCGACUUCAGAAUUAUUGCAUUCGCCGUCUAUACGAUGUUAUCUCGAACACUAAAUUGGCAGACGGCCGUCUUGCAACUAGUUGUCCUUGCAAGUCUUUGGUUCUUCUCAAGCAUACCAGGAAUUGCCUACUAUGUUUACGGAGCUCUGACAAUUUCUUCGGCCCGGCCGUGGUCUAUUGCUGAAUCCUACUUGAUAUUGCAUCCAUAUAGUGUACUUUGCUGUUCGAGUGUGGUUUUCCUUGGUCCAAUUUCAUUUGUUCUCCCUGUGAUUAUCUUACAAGAUACUUGCAUUCACGUAUGCUUCAAUAUCAUUCAUUUAUUCCAUGGCUACAUCUCAGCGUGGAACUGCGCCAGGUAUUAUUCGUCCAACAACGCAAUGGACUUCGUACCGGGGCUGGGAGGCAUAUUUGCUUGGCUAGAGUGGCUGGCGGCAACGUAUAAUACCUGGACAACAGAACAUAAACCUCUUCUUGUGAUCCGUAUCUCUGCCGCGAUACUAGGCAUCUACGUCGCAUUCAGAGAGUUCUACUUUGGAUGGUAAAAUAGAUUAGCUUUCAUACUUACUUAUGAGUUGUUGCGCCCGGUCCGUAACAUCGCGGUUUC